GUGCGUAAAUGUAUUAGUCACUCGUGCGCCCUCGUCAGUACGCGUCGUGUGCAUAGAGCGCAGUGAGACAUCGCUUGUUCUUUUUACCGAUCGAUCGCCUUUCCGAGUUUUUCCAACUAUGGAUCGUCAAGUUCAGAGGAGUUUUUGCGGUGUUCAGAGUGUUUUGGAGGAGAUAAUGAGAAGCAGCGACGAGGAGCAGCAAAGGGAUGCCGAGACAUGUUUCUCAGACAAGGAGAGCACGGCGACGAGUGUCGAUUCUGCCCAGGAAGACAUGUUUGUUGAUGGACUCGAUCCCGUUUUAGAUCGAAAUAGGCCUUCAGACACCGAUGAGGACUGGAAUCCGGAGACCAGUCCUGUACGACGGAAGAGAAGACGGCAGUCAUCUUCAUCAUCUUCAUCAUCUCCAGCUCCAUCUUCUGUAACUAUGAGAGGGAGAGGGAGAGGGAGAGGAAGAGGAAGGUGGAGGGGGAGAGGGAGAGGGAGGGGGAGAAGGAGCAGAUGCCAGUCAGUGUCUGAUGUGUCCCCUGGCACCUCACAUGCAAGAUGGAAGGAUAUGGAUGAAGAUGACAGUGGGCCUCCCCAGCCCGUGUUUAGGCCUGCUCGUGAACCUGGGCCACAGUUGGUGACAACUGACAGAUACUCACCGCUGCAGUUGUUCCAGCUUUUUUUUACUCCAUCUGUGUUGCAGACCAUCAUGCAACACUCUAAUGCCUAUGCCACCAAACAACGCCAGGGAACAGACAAGUCAUGGAAAAACAUCUCUGUGGAAGACCUGAAGUCUUACCUGGCGCUUGUGAUUUUCAUGGGUCUCUUGAAGGUUUGUGCUUUGACAGACUAUUGGAGGAGGUCUGACGUGUACAGUGUUCCCCUUCCUACAAGGAUCAUGUCCUGUAGGAAGUUUCUGAACAUCGCUAAUGCUCUUCAUCUUAGCGAUCCUGUGGAUGACGAAGCAAAUGAAGGCAGGAAGGGAACCGCAGCCUAUGACCGCUUGGGGAAGAUCAAGCCUUUGUAUGACAACAUCAGGGAUGCCUGCAGAGCGUUUUAUCAUCCUGGUCAAAACAUCUCCAUAGAUGAAAGGAUGGUGGCAUCCAAGGCGAGGUCUGGACUCAAGCAGUACAUGAAGAACAAACCCACUAAAUGGGGCUACAAGCUUUUUGUUUUGGCAGAUUCCCAGUGUGGUUACACAUCAGAGUUCUUUGUGUACGAAGGUAAGCGCAUGUCAUCGCCGAAUGGGCUGAGCUAUGAGUCUGUCAUGGCACUCAUAGAUGAAAAGUAUCUGGGCACUGGUUAUAAGCUGUACGUGGACAACUUUUACACCAGUCCCAAGCUUUUCAGAGACCUCCUCUCUAAGAGGAUUUAUGCAUGUGGCACCAUCCGUCCAAACAGGAUUGGUUUUCCAAAAAUGGCCACCAAUAAGCUGCCACAGGAUGCUCCACGAGGGUCAAUGCGAUGGAUCAGAGAGGACGACCUGCUGUUUGUGGAAUGGAAAGACACCAGGGAAGUGCUGAUGUGCUCCACUUUCCACAAAGCAUAUGGAGGUGACAUAGUGGAAAGGAAGAGCAAGGACAAUGAUGGGCAGUGGUCUACUGUGCAUGUGCCAAUCCCUGGUGCUGUGCUGGACUACAACAGGUUCAUGGGGGGAGUGGACCUGUCAGAUGCCCUCAUUUGUUACUACAAAGUGCUUCACAAGACACGGAAGUGGUACCGAACCUUCUUUUAUCACUUUGUCGACAUCGCUGUUGUCAAUGCCUUCAUUUUGCAUCAAAAACUGGCCAGAGCAAAGAAGGAAAGACCCCUGACCCAGAAAGCAUUCAGGGAAACGCUUGUUAUGGAACUUGCAGGUUUAGAAUCAGGUGCUUCUCCAAUCCCAACUCCAUCUACCAUCUGCCACAAUCCCAAGUACAUCUCGGGUGACAGCACUUCUGGACGACGAAAAUGCAGAGUUUGCCAUCAGAAGACGCCAGUCAUGUGUGCAACAUGUGAGGUGCCACUGUGUUUCCUUCCAAAACGGGACUGCUACAAUGACUGGCAUCGGAGGGAGGGGAAAUAUUGAUUAGUGUGUUGUUUGUAGUCUGUCAUGUUCCAUUUUUAUUUGCACUUUAUAUUGUUCAAAGUGUUCAAAACUAAUAGUUGUUCAAGAUUUUUUUCCAAGUUUAGGUGGAGUUCAGACCCUGAGACCCAGUUCCAAGGAGGUGUGGAUUGAUGAACAACAAUACACAUCCAUGUGUAUCUUCUGUGAAAAUGUGACAGGCUGGCAUGAGGCAGUAUACUCACACACACACACAUUUAUACACGUUUUACAGAGUUGAUUUGUUUUACUUACACACUUUUUCUGUCUCCGUUUCCUUUUUUUUGCCGUGGGUUUCUUCUGAGUCUGGGUUGUUGAAGAAAAUGUGGCACGAGGUAGUAUUAUUGGAUGUCUUCUGAGUCUGCACUUUUGAACAACACGUAAAAUGCUGACAUGAGGCAGUACUAGCAUCUUUGGUUUCCAGUUGGAUAGACAGCCAACCUUUGUAUUGUCUUUAGUGUAAAUAGUUGCAUUGUUGAACAAACAUUAAAAUUAAAAUUUUGCUGUUAAAAUUUUUAAAUAAAUUUUUUUGAAUUCUUCAA